AUGCCAUUUCGCCUGUUUCGCACAUUUUUGAAUAACGAAAAGACGAUUCAGCAGCUCUCGGAAUCAGUUCCAGUCCGUUUGGCAGCCAAGGCGAUCGUUCGCGGCAUGAAACAGGUCGAAUCGAGGGUCGAUAAACUGGAUGUUGGCAAAAAAAUCGAUAAAUUCAAGGCGAUUUACGAGGAGGAGUAUCAGAAGGCAAUUAAGAAGUAA